CCAGAAGUCAAAAUAGCAUGAAAUUUAAUUUUCCGCCUAUUUAACAAGGCUUGGUCCGGGUCCCAAUCAGUGGCAGAGAUAAGGGUCCCCGGCCCCGGGUGUGAGCCAGCUGGGCCCGCAGCAAACACUCCACGGUCCCUGGGCAGGUUGAGGCUCCCCCCGCGGGGCCCUGGUUGCUGGGCGCUAAAGCAAACGGGCUCUAUUUGCCCAGUCUGCGAUGACAAUGCAGUCGCCAAAUAUUUGCCAGCCCGGCCGGCCGAGGAGCCCAGCUAUAAAUGCUUGAGCCCAGGUGCAGGUGGGCCUGCCCCGCGGGAGCUGCAGGCCUCGGCAGCCACAGCUGCUGCCCCGGAGACGCGGGCUCGAGGAGAUGGCCGCGGGCGUGAUCCGGCCUCUGUGCGACUUCCAGCUGCCCCUGGCGGCCCGCCGGCCCUUCCUGCCCUCAGACCCGGAGCCCCAGGAGACCUCUGAGGACGAGGACGAGGAGGAGGAGGAGGAUGUGCCAGAGGCUGCGGGGCUGGGCGGUAGGAGCCCAGGCCCCCUGGCCUCGGGCUGGGCCCCAGAAGCAGUUCCUCGGGGCCCCAGCAGCCCAGAAACACCCCUGCGGCUGCUGCGGUUCUCUGAGCUCAUCAGCGGCGACAUCCAGCGGUAUUUCGGCCGCAAGGACGGGGGGCAGGACCCUGACGCCGGUGACGUCCACGCAGAUGACCUCCAGUGCGCUGACCCAGCACGCCCGGCUCCAGCUGGGCCCCCAGACGGCGAUGAGGCUGCGCAGCCCGGAGUGCUCUCCCCCAGGGGUCCCGAGGGGCAGGCUCGCGGGCUGGGGCCGCUGGCUGAGCUCUUCGACUACGGGCUGCGGCAGUACCCAGUGCUUGGGGCCCCGGCCGGCAGGCGGCUCCGGCUGGAGCGCAAGUAUGGCCACAUUGUCCCCAUGGCCCAGAGGAAGCUGCCGCUCUCCUUUUGGGAGGAGCCGGCCCUGGGCCCCCUGGGCCUGCUCCACCCUGGCACACCUGAUUUCAGCGACCUGCUGGCCAGCUGGUCAGCGGAGACUGGCCCCGAGAUACCCGGGGGAGGGGCCCCCCAGGCCCUGGAUGGGGUGCCGCUGGCCGAGGCCUAGUGAGCGGGUCAGGGUCCGUGGGGCACCAGGGGCAGCAGGCAAUGCCUUUCCUUCAGGGGCGCAGCCUGUCACUGCUCUCUCUGCUGGAGCCCCAGGGGCCAUCCCACCAAGGUGGCCGGCCACCAGCAGGACAAGCCAGCUCAGGGAGGGAUGUCCCAGGCCUGGGGAGGCUAGGCCAGGCUCCUCCUGGGGCCUGGAGCUGCCACCACCAGAGGACCCCUAGGCAGGGAACAGGCGGGAGCCACCAUCUCAGACAGCCUGGCCCUUAGCCCUCGGAGCUCUGCCCCCAGGAUGGGAGGGCAGGUGGGCUCAGGUGGUUUGCACACUGUGCCCCACUCUGGGUGAAGCCCACUGGCCCCACCAGACCUGCCCUGAGGUCUCAGGUCGGCAGCCUCCCGCCUGGCUGGUCCUGGGGCUGCCCCUCCCUCAGGCCCCACAGCAGGUGGCAGGACCAGCUCCCAUUGGAUGAGCAACGGUGUUCUUGGAGGCAGGAGGAAGGGGCACUACGCGAGUGUGCGAGCAAACACACAGUUUGCUCCCUAUGGUAGGGCAGACGGAGCUGCUUUCCAGGUUCGCCACCUCAGUGUGAAGGGCUUGGCCAGCCACCGAGGGCCAGGGGCCAAGACCCCAAGCCUGGGCCAACUGGCCCUCCACAGGGCCUACCAGGAGCAGGCAGGGCUCCGGGACUCUGCGGCUGUGGGCAGGACGGCCUGAGAUGGUGGCGG